UCCACUGAAAAAUGUAUCCCCAGGUCUGUCAUUAAUUGUUUUUCACAUUUAUAAAAUUAAUAUCUUCAAGGCACCAAUAUUUCUGAAAUGUUUUUUCAUCACUGAAUGUUGAAUUUCAGUAAGAGAAAUCUAGAUCCAAUUUUUAAAAACUAUAAUCAAAUUCUAAAUUCCAAUGCAUAUUGGAGAAAAAGUAUUGUAUUUUUUUCUUCCCAGUGCUGGAGCAUGAAUCCAGGUCUUUAUGCAUGCUAGCCAAGCAGUCUACCACUGAGCUAUACCCAUUGCCUAUUUAUUCCAAUAAUAAAAUGAUUUAGAUAACAAUGGCAUCGAAGUAAUAAAUUUAAUCACAUACAAUUUGAAAAAUACCAAAAAAUAUAAAGAAAGAAAUAAAAAUCACCCCAUAAUACAGAGGACAAACACUACUAUAGAUUAGAAAUGGUCUGGAUUUAAAAGGGCAGCAUUGAGUAUGAAUCCCAGUUAAACCAUUAACUGGGUGUUAGGUGUUUGGUUGGUUACUUAAUCUACCAGGUACUUACUCUGAGCCUGUUUAUUAUUAUUUUAGCCUGAAAUAUGCUAAAAUAUUUAACUUUUUAGAUUAUUGCAAAAAUUAGAUAUAAUGUAUAUAAAAUAACCAGCAUAGUACCUGACACAUAGUUGGAACUCUUUAAAUUGUAGUAAUAUUAACAAUUUCUUAUAUUUCUGUCUAGACUUCCACCCUAUUGUGUGUUUAUAUGUGUACAUACAUACUUGUGCAGAAAGAUGUUUUCAAGACUCAUUUAUAUUAAGUAUAUCAUUGGGUCCUUAUUGAAACCCUGUGAGAUGGACAGGGCAAUUGUUCUUUUUUUUAUUUAUUUAUUUUUAAUUUUAUUUUUGAAUUAACAUACAUUAAUAUAUAUGAGGGGAUUUCAUUGUGAUGAUUCCAUACAUGAUGCAGUAUACUUUGAGCAAGUUUACUCCCUCUAUUAUCUUCCCAUUCCCUCCCCUUCCUCCUCACCCCCUUUUCAAAUAGUGUUUGGUGGGUUUCAUCAUGCUGUCUUCAUCUACAUGUCGCUCAUUUGUGGAACUUAGAUCUAAAAUGAUGAUGGUGAAGAUCAUGAUCAUCGUGAUUAUAGCAAUAAUAAUAAUAAUAAUGGGACAUGAAUGUAAAAGGGAGGACUAUCUGUGGGGGGACCAGCAGAAGGAGGCGAGGAAAGGAAAGAAUACUGAAGAUUGAAGAGGGUGGAAGUAGAUGUUCUUUUAAAUUUGUCAUAUAGAUGAAGAAACUGAGACUCUGAAAGGCAGAGUUACUUGGCCUUGAUUCUGUCUGGGAACAGCUGAACCAAGACUUCUCUUGGUCUCUUGAUGCCAAACCCAUGCGUCUCUCUCUGUCAGCAGCAUGCUUCCUCCCCAAAUCUGCCACUACCUCCAAGCCUGCCCAAGAGGAGGAUGAGGGCUGGAGGCAGUAGAAGUGCUGGGAGCCUCUAGACUAGCUGGGGUUUGUCUAGAAACUGAAAAGAAACACUUGCUUCCUCCUCUAAAACAACAGACCCUUUUGCCCAAUCUGAUAACAAGGAUUGGGCUUCUGGCUAGCAAGUUAUGGAUCUUUUGUGUCCCAGGGUCUUUUUUGGAGAGGGAGUGUGUCAGGAAAUUGAUGUAAUUCCUAAACCAAAUUCAUAGACCAGACUUGUGUAGUCCGCUGGGCACAGGUGUACCCACUUCCAAAGUGUGCACUGGAUACCUGAAUGACCUGUAUGACACACAUUGCCAUAACACUUAGUUGUGCAUUAUUUCAUGGCAUUUCCACUUCAGUACAUACUUUCUGAUGGGUGAUAUUCAUCUGACACUGUGCCAUGACUUAUAGGAGAAAUAGAGGUACACAAGGAACAGUCUUGGCCUUUAGGAACUUGGGGAAUACUCAAGGCCAAAUAAAAGCAGCACUGUGCCAGAGCUCCUAGCAGGGGGCUGGAAAGCAGAGCAUGGAGUACCAACUACUAGUUCUGUACAGCGAUACCCUCUAUUUGCCUAAUGCCCAACUGAUCUCCAAAGUGUUUGCACAAACCCUAACUCUUGUGGAGUUAAUAGAUAGCUGCAGAGAGGCAAGGACUUUUGAGCUGGGUUCGAUGGCCAAGAAGAAUUCCUGAUCCAGAGAAAGUAAGUAGGCCAAAGUAUGGCUUGAUUGUUGGACUUCCACCCAAGGAAUCAUUUGUCCCAUGAUUUCUGCAUACUGAAUUAAGGUCCCACACCCUGCUAGUGACUCUAUAAUAAAAUUUAAAUGCAUGCAUCCCAGCCCACCUCUGAAUGGAGAAUUGGCAAGCCCUUGGAGAGAUUAUGGCACUCUCCCUCCACUGUGAAGACAGGGAAGUUAAGCAUGUUCCUUUUCACUUCACUGUCUUCCUACGUUUUUCCUUCCUAGUUUCAAAAACAACUCUUCCUCAACAAGUUCUCUUUACAAGGAAAGUCUUAACCAUUUGUCCCUUCUGGCGUGCCCUCUUCCAUUGAGAUCUAUGCAGAAUAGACCAGACUUGCUGUUUCUCCCAUCAUGUUCGGUCGGAUCCUCAGAGAAGGGAAUGGCCUUUCCUUUCAGAAGGCAAAGAGCCAGCUUCCAUUUUAAAAUCUCUCAAGGAAAAAAAACCCAAACAACACAGAGCCUGUGUUUAUUGAAGGUUGGUGUGAAAGUCCCUCGCAUCAUCUGCCCCAUCCGCACUCGAGUGCCUCUAUUUUAGAAGGAUGUAGAGGUUUAAGCACCCUGGUGGGGAUUUAGACUCAGAGACUUCGGAGAAAUCUUAUUAUUUCUAACUGCAGGCAAAGAGUAUUAGGUCUCCACUCUGGACUAGGGGCAUGACAUGUUCUAUAAGUAAUUUAUCUUUAACAGGGGACGGCCCCUACAACAGUGUCCUAGAAACAGAACUGUGAUUGGGCACUGACUCAUUGUUCCUCCUUUUCUCUUUCCCAGUCUCACUCUCCUGCCUUUUUCUUUUUUUCCUGACCCUUUCCUGCCCAAUCUGUUCCAUGUCUGUGUCUUCCCCCCUUUAAAGACAUGGGAGUCAGGUGCCUGCAGUGAGAGAUAAUGAUGUUUUUGCAAUAAGUGACCUCAUCAAGCCACCUGGCAUAGACCUGUCAGCUGCAGGCUUUUGAGGGGGCCCUUCACACAAACUCUUCAAGGAAGGACCUGGGGAGGGGAGAGGAUGCUGUGGGCUACACAGGCACUUCAUUUUGUGCUCCUGUAUAGAAAGGAAUUUGGGGUCAUUCUCAACCCUAGCUCAAUCCUCUUGUUACCUUCCCAGAGGCAAUCUCCACAGAAGGUCCUUGCAGCCCUGUACACAUCCACAGGGAUGCUGCUGAGCCUCUGACUUCAUAGCAGGCUUUACUCCCACCUCUUUCUUGCCCAGCUCCCUGGGUCCUGGUGUUAAGGCUGGAGGAUGUCACCAGUGGGGCCCCAUUUGUGGAUUCCUUAUUCAACUUAAGGAAUAUGGUUUGGUUGGUGGCAGAGCUAAAUCCACAUACUAAUGAGCUUGGUGAAAGCAGGCUUCUGCUCUCCUCUUCUAAUCUAGCCUGUCUGUCUUAGUUCCUUUCCACAGUUAAUGAUCUCCUGUAAUGAUGUUGCCUUUAGUUUUGCCUCCUGGGUCAAAGCAAAUCAAUAGUACUCACAGACUUUUUAAAACCAUCAGUAUAAACCUUCUGGGUCUCCCACCCACACACACCCCUUCACCUUCUGGGUUAACUUACUGCUUGAUUAGUACAGCACUGUUUCCUUUACAUCUCCUCUUAUCUCCCAGAGAUGGGCAGCAGUGAGCCUUUUCCCAUUGUGGACAGUGACAAGAAGAGGAAGAAGAAACGGAAGGCCCGGGCCACUGACUCCUUGCCGGGAAAGUUUGAAGAUAUAUACAAGCUGACCUCCGAAUUGCUGGGAGAGGGAGCCUAUGCCAAAGUUCAAGGUGCUGUGAGCCUGCAGACUGGCAAAGAGUAUGCUGUCAAAAUCAUUGAAAAACAAGCAGGGCACAGUCGGAGUCGAGUAUUCCGAGAGGUGGAGACACUCUACCAGUGUCAAGGAAACAAGAACAUUUUGGAGCUGAUUGAGUUCUUUGAAGAUGACACCAGGUUUUACUUGGUCUUUGAGAAAUUGCAAGGAGGAUCCAUCCUAACUCACAUCCAGAAGCGGAAGUACUUCAAUGAGCUAGAAGCCAGUCGAGUGGUUCGAGACGUUGCUGUUGCCCUUGACUUCCUGCACACCAAAGGCAUUGCUCACCGUGAUCUGAAGCCAGAAAAUAUAUUGUGUGAAUCAUCAGAAAAGGUGUCUCUGGUGAAAAUCUGUGACUUUGACUUGGGCAGUGGGGUGAAACUGAACAACUCCUGCACACCCAUAACCACACCAGAGCUGACCACUCCGUGCGGCUCUGCAGAAUACAUGGCCCCUGAGGUGGUAGAAGUCUUCAGGGAUGAAGCCACUUUCUACGACAAGCGCUGUGACCUGUGGAGCUUGGGUGUGGUCCUCUACAUCAUGUUGAGUGGCUAUCCCCCUUUUGUAGGACACUGUGGGGCUGACUGUGGCUGGGACCGAGGAGAGGUGUGUAGGGUAUGCCAGAACAAGUUGUUUGAGAGCAUCCAGGAAGGCAAGUAUGAGUUUCCUGACAAGGACUGGGCUCACAUCUCCAAUGAAGCCAAAGACCUCAUCUCCAAGCUCCUGGUUCGAGAUGCAAAGCAGAGACUCAGUGCCGCCCAAGUUCUUCAGCACCCGUGGGUGCAGGGGCAAGCUCCAGAAAGGGGACUCCCCACGCCGCAAGUCCUCCAGAGGAACAGCAGCACCAUGGACCUGACACUCUUUGCAGCUGAGGCCAUUGCCCUUAACCGCCAGCUGUCUCAGCACGAGGAAAAUGAACUGGCUGAGGAGAGGGAGGCCCUAGCUGAAGGCCUCUGCUCCAUGAAGCUCUCCCCUCCAUCCAAGUCUCGCCUGGCCCGCCGGCGGGCCCUGGCCCAGGCAGGCCGCAGUGGAGAAACAGAAGUGUGCCCAACAGCCACCGAACUGAACCACGCCAGUCACACCUCAUAGGCCUAGGUCUGUCCAGACAUUGCCCCCCUGGAAACCUGUGAGGCCAGAGUCUGCAGAGAAGGCAGAGGGGGCCUGCUCUACAUCUCCAAUCAGACUUCUUCCAGCCACAAAGGCCCUGGGGUUCCCACCCAACCCCCAUUUCCCCAGGGUCCUUGGAGGAAAAAGCUUUUUCUGAAGAGGUUGUCUUUGAAAAGGAAAGCAAUCACUUGUCACUUUGCAUAAUCGCCUGCAGCAGAGACAUCUCUUUGCUGGGCUCCACCUGCUCACAUGCCUGCAGAUCCUGGAUCCAGCCUGCUCUGGAGCUGAGGCUGCUGUGGCUGGGGCUGCAGCCUUCAGGGAGCCAGCUUCAAGAAGCUGACAGAGGCUACCCACAUAUAUGCCUCUUCCCUCUCUGCACUGUCACCCUCCUCUGGCGGUCCUUUCACCUUCCUCUGUCCUCUGGAUGUCCUCUUUGCCUGUCCUCUCCCUUGACUGAGCAAAGCCUUCCCCUCAAUUCAGGAAGGGCAAGGAGCCCUCCUUCUUCAGGAAGCCAGAUCAGUCUUCCAGUCUGUAACACGGAGAAGCACUUAAUCUUUCUUUGCCAUGACCAAAAUGUGUUCCUCAUUUAUCAUCCUCUUCCUUGUUUGUGAUUGCUGCUAAAGUCAGUAUUAUUUCAUUUAAAAAAAAAAGUUCUUUUAACCAUCUUCUUCCAGCAAACAUGGAAUUUUAAACUCUCCCAUAAGCCUAUGGACUUUCCAGAGGGGAAUCUCCAUAUACUUGGAUUUUAAUCAGCUAUUUGCUACAGUCCUAAUUGGUUUGAAGCUGUUACUAUGAUGAACACCUUAGAGACAGCGUCAGCGUCUGCUGCUGCUGUCCCCCAGGUAUUGUAUGAGAGUGGCACAGAUCCAGGGCAGUUAGAUGGAGCGCUGUGCCUGGGGUGAAACCAAAUGGGAGGCAGCCCCACUGCCCUGGUCUGAAGGAUGUGGUGCUUGCUGCCUGAGAGCAUGAAAGUUGAGCCAUUGUCAGAUAAGCUGUUGAGUUACCUAGUGGAAUAGAUUUGUAUAUGUCAGACAGAUGCUUAUACAACACAACCACUAUGAUGCUAUCAUACA